GAUGGAGAUAACCUGAUGUUUACACUUCAGCUCCCAAUGAGAAGAGAAACUGCCAACAGUCUCACCUACAUUUACAGGGUGAAGGUUAAGGGCAAGUACUACUAUGAAUACCUUACAGCAGGAAAGGAUCAAUUACCACACAGGACACUGUACAGACACCCCUCAGCUUCAGACAAAGUCUUCUAUCAAUUUGAUGAUGUUUGCCUAUCAUAUUCUAUAAUAAAUUGGUUGAAGCGGUGGGGCAUGUCUGCAGAGCUGGAAAAAAUCCGCCCUGAAUUCAUUCAGCUAACUGUAACUCACCUGAUGUACUGCGCCAAUGAGGACUUACCUGAACUGCAAAAUAUAGUUGCAUCUUUCCUUGAAUGUUCACACGCACGAGUGAUACACACUAAGUAUAGAGAUAACUCCUUGCAGUUAAUCCAGGAGGAACUAAGCAGUCCUCUUAAAAAAGCCAUCGAGAGUCUGAGUGAUCAUGUAUCUGUGGAAAGUGUUCUCGCAGCUGCAAUUUUUGCCCAACAUUUGCCUAAAGCACUUGAGAAACCUUCAAUUAAAAAACUUGCUGAGAUUAUCAAACAAAAUUGUAAACAGCGAGGUGCUUUCAGAACCCUGGGUGAUCCAGUGAGAAGGUCUCUUUCCAGUGCUGUAGCAAAAAUAUUCAACCAGGCCUGUCGCCUUCAAUCAGCGAAGGAAGCCACAUGGAUUAUGGCACUGUUUUACUCCAUAUCUCCAGCAGAAGCAGACCAGUCGCUGACAUUUGGCCUAAAACAACUUUCCUGGACAAAAGCACAAAGUGAUCUCAGUGAAAUGAUCAAGACACACUCUGAGGAGAUAAAGAAACACAAGGUGUUUGCUUCUAGUGUUUUAGAAAUGUUUUUCAUCAAAGGUGGUGACAUUAAAAUCUUAUCCAAUCUGAGCAUCACUCCCCAACAAUUCCUAACACAGCUGUCCCGAUGGCUGAAUGACCACACAUUUCAGGCUCCAAAGGAUAUUCCGAAGAAAACCUCUCCUACGCUCUCAUCGCAAGAGAACAUCUAA